AGAAGUGAGAUAGACUCUAAAUAAUAAGAGUUUAAAUCUUAUCGUAGAUACGUUAUCAGAGGAGUUUGAAAAAUUUAUAUGUGAUACUGAAUUAUUCGUCAAGACUUACUUGUUCUUUAUUGAUUUAUCCUAGUUGUGAUAAAAAAAUUUUUGUUAAGACCGACUCGAUCACAUGGAUACCUCGAUUAAAAAUAAAAAAUAAAAACAUCAUGCCGGUUGUGCUUAUCUCUCCUCCCUCCCUUCUUCUUCUGUGUGUGUGUGUGUCUCUCUCUCUUAUGUGGAAAUGGAAGAACUAACCAAAUGCCUCAUCAUCAUCUUCUUCUUCACGUUUAUUAUACUCCUUUUGCACCAGAGAAGGAGGGGGAGCAGCAGCAGUAGCAGCAGAGGCAAGAUAUCAGGUAAGCUCCCCGCCGGCACUGAUGGAUGGCCCUUCGUCGGAGAGACCCUCGACUUCAUCUCCUGCGCCUACUCCCCUCGUCCCGAAACCUUCAUCGACAAGCGUCGAUCUCGGCACGGGAAGGUGUUCCGGUCGCACCUGUUCGGGAGCCCGAUGAUCGUGUCGGCCGACGCCGACGUCACCAAGUGCGUGCUGCAGAGCGACUCGAGGUCGUUCGUGCCAUCUUACCCCAGAUCCCUCACCGAGUUGAUGGGCAAGUCCUCCAUCCUGGUGAUCAACGGCAGCCUCCAGCGGAGAGUCCACGGCCUCAUCGGCGCGUUCCUCAAGUCGCCGGCCGUCAAGGUGAGGCUCGCCGGGGACAUGCAGCGCUACGUGAGGCAGAGCAUGGCCGGCUGGGAAGACGGGCAGGUCGUCAGAAUCCAAGACGAGGCCAAAAAUAUCAUCUUCCGAAUCCUGGUGAAAGGGCUGAUUGGGUUGGAGGCAGGGAAGGAGAUGGAGCUGCUGAAGCAGGAGUUCAAGGAGUUCAUCGCCGGCCUGAUGUCCUUGCCCAUGAAGAUACCCGGAAGCCAGCUGUACAAAUCUCUCCGGGCGAAGAAGAAGAUGGUGAGGGUGAUAAAGAGCAUCAUCGACGAAAAGAGGAGGAGGAACCUGCAGACGAGCGCCGGAGGGAGUACUCCGACCGACGUCGUCGAGGUGCUGAUCAACGACUCCGGCGACAGCGACCGGUGGAUCACCGACGACCUGAUAUCGGACAACGUGGUCGACCUGAUGAUUCCUGCGGAGGACUCCGUGCCCGUGCUCGUCACCCUGGCCGUCAAGUUCCUCGGCGACUCUCCGAUCGCUCUGCAACAGCUACAGGAAGAAAAUAUGUUCUUGAAGGAGCAAAAAAAACUUGCCGGUGAGGAUCUCCAAUGGAAUGACUAUAUGUCUUUAUCAUUUACUCAACAUGUCAUAACUGAGACUCUACGCGUGGGAAAUAUAAUUAGUGGAAUCAUGCGCAAGGCAGUAAGAGAUGUUGAGAUCAAAGGGCACUUGAUACCCAAAGGAUGGUGUGUCUUCACUUACUUUCGCUCGGUCCACCUCGACGAGGCUCAUUUCGAUGAGCCCUACAAGUUCAACCCAUGGAGAUGGAAGGAUAAGGAAUACAUGAGUUCAUGUAACUUCACACCGUUUGGAGGAGGGCAAAGAUUGUGCCCUGGAAUGGAUCUUGCAAGGCUUGAAGCUUCCAUCUUCCUUCACCACUUGGCCACCAACUUCACGUGGGUCGCAGAGGAGGACCAGAUUGUAAAUUUCCCCACUGUGAGAAUGAAGAAGAAAAUGCCCAUCAGAGUGAGACGGAGAAGUGCCAUCAAAUAGGAUUAAGGAGAGAAGUUCAGGUAGAUUAAUUCUGUAUACAGAUGAAGGAUUUUAAAAAGGAGAUACAUUUCCUUUUGUUUAUGAGAAAGGGAAGAAACGAAAAACAGAGGAAAAUUUGAACCGAGCUGAGUGUUGAUUUUCUUUGAAUUAGAGAUAGACCUUUCUUCUUCAAUUUUAUUUAAAUUGUUUAAUUAUCAAUGGAACAAUAGAUUGAUCA